GAUAUCUUCAGAAGCAGUGAACCAUUCGCUUUGUCUGCCACACACAAGUUUAUAUUGGUAUUUCCCAGACAACGAAAUCAUGUUUUCAACUUAUAAAUAACAUUUAUAUUCAGUUUAAUUCAUUAAUCCUUAAAGCGUUAUAUGCAAAGGUCCAGUAAUAAUCGCGUAAAUUCCGGGUAUAAAAAGAGUUUUUGGGGUUUUCAAGUGAAAUGUUAAAGUUUAUUUUUGUUUGUGCUUUACUUAUUGGGAAUAUUGUUUCGUUAAAUAUUGAUAAAAAUGAAAUAAAUUUGAGAAGCAGACAGAUAGAAGACCAAAAUCAAUCGAUUACAAUUAUUCCUGGUAAUACCAAUAUUUCAAAGUUUAUUGAGUUGGCUUUGGUAGUGGAUAAAACCAAACAUGAAGCCCUAGGAAGUAAUGAAGAAAUCACUAUUUUGUUUUGUCAGAAUAUAACAAAUAUAUUAAAUUCGAUUUAUGAGCCGCUUAAUAUCUCUAUAGCUUUGGUACAAGUAGUUAUAUGGUCGGAAAAAGAUGAAAUAGAAAUAUCUAGUAAUGGAGAUACAACACUUAAUAAGUUUUUAAAGUAUAGAGCGGCUGUACUUAAUUUAAAAUAUCCAAAUGAUAAUGCGCAGCUAAUUUCCGGAAAAUCUCUUGAAAAUGGCGUUGUUGCCAAGGCAUUAAAAGGACCAAUUUGUACCCACGAGUAUUCCGGUGGUAUUAACAUGGGUAAUUUUUCUUCAUUGCCAAGAAUAGCAACCAUAAUUGCUCACAGCAUUGGACACAAUAUUGGAAUGGAGCAUGACACAGAAGAUUGCAACUGUCCUGACGAUCUUUGUAUAAUGACUACAAAUAUUCCACCAUCAUUUAUUCCUACAAGUUGGUCUUCAUGUAGUAAAAACUAUACCAUAAAGGCCUUCAAACACGGUAUGGAUUAUUGCCUUCAAAAUAAACCAGAGAAGCUCUUUAAGGGACCAGUUUGUGGUAAUGGUUUCAUAGAACCUGGAGAAGAAUGUGACUGUGGCUCAGAAGAGUAUUGUAAUAAUAAUUGUUGUAAUGCUACAAGUUGUAAAUUAAAGGAAAAUGCUGUUUGUGCAGGUGGAGAAUGCUGUGAUAUUAAGUUAUGUCAACUGAAACCUGGAACACCUCUAUGCAGACCAGCUAAAACCAAAUGCGAUUUACCAGAAUUCUGCACAACUGAGUCAGCGUAUUGUCCUGAAGACAAAUAUAGAACGGAUACUGAGCUAUGUGGCAAUGGAGAUGCAUUUUGCUUCGAAGGAUUAUGCACAUCUCGACAUGACCAAUGCAAGCUUUUAUGGGGUGAUACAGGAGCAAAUGCUAUUGAACGAUGCUAUUCAGCGCUUAAUACUAAAGGAAAUAUUUUUGGACAUUGUGGAUAUGAUGUAUUAAGUAACACUUUUACCAAAUGUGAAGAAAAAGACGUGAGUUGUGGCCUGUUACAUUGUACUCACCAAAAUGACAGACUAGAAUUUGGAUUUGAAGCGACCUCGAAAAUACGACAUAAUUUUUUACAAUAUAACGGAUCAAUACAUGGUUGCCGUUCAGUAAUUGUCAGCUUAGGAAAUCAACGAAUUGACCCAGGACUUACUCCAAAUGGUGCGAAAUGUGGUGAAAAUAUGAUGUGCUUGAAUCAGAAGUGCCGAAGUAUUAGUGAUAUCCACAAUGAGAUGUAAACGUGAGAUUGCCUGGAAUAUACUCACUAAUUGAAAAAAGGUUAAUUGAAGACUAAAAAAUUGUAGCUGUUUUAUGGAUCUUCCAGUAAUAAUGUAGCAUGCAUUUGUAUAAAUAAAAAAGUAGUUUCAA